AUGGCUUCCCAACUUGAUGACGAGACCCUUGAAGGCGAUGACAAGGCAAAUGAUUUGCCUUCGGAGUAUGUGGUCAAGGUGAAUGACAUGGAGUUCAUGCGCCUUCGUACUGCAAAAUCUUCGCAGAUAGCGAAGCUCAUCAAAAUGGACGCGGACCUCCUGGUCAUUUCACGUCAGGACGUCCAGGGCUUUGAAGCCCGCAUGCAGGACUUCACUGGCCUAACUUACCAAUGGGAGCAGAAGGUCAUUGAAGCUGCCAACAUCGCAAACGAGAAGGGAAUUGAGCUCAAGAAGGUGACGCAGGAAAUGUUGCUGUUGAAGAAGCAAUUGUCCUCCGUAACCCAAGACCUGGCAGCCGCUUUGGUGAACUCGAAGGACAAGAGCCUUUUUCCCAACGAGGAAGGAGAACGACUCCGCAUGAGGCUGGCUGAGUAUGAGUCCUUAUUCAUGACGGUUGUGACUUCUUUCGAAGGGCAGGAUUUUGAAGAGCCCACUUCCGUCACGCAAAAGGUGGUGGAAGAGAGAGAGGCAAACAUCCAGAUGGUGGAGAAUUGUUUACAGGAGAUUGAAGUUUUGGAAAGGGCACGCCAGAAAGCAGUUCGCCACUCCCUGACUGUGCAGACAAUGUUCGAUGUAAUCCACAAUCAGCUGAUGAAGGAAGGCGACAGAUCCCAAACUUCUCGGAAUCAAGCUCGUCAUGCAUGGAGCGAAGCUGUUGUUCUGAGCAUGACUGGCAAGCCAGGCCCAGUCGCCAGUGAACCACAGGAACCAGACCAAGAGCCUCAAGAGCUCCAAGACCUCCAAGAGCAAGAGCCAGAGCCAAUCCAGCUGGAGCAGCCGCAAGAGCCAGUGGUAAUUGACGGCAAGCUCCACCUGAGCCCAGCGGUAGAGUCACUCUUCUUGAAAGAUCAAGGUGUGUAUGUGCGGAGACUGAACGAUCUACAGAACCACUUGGCGGAAGAAAUGGAGAACACUGAUAUUUUGGAAGAAGCUCUUAACGAGGCUGUCGAAUACGGAGAGGAACUGCAGAUGAGGCUUGCAGGCUUGCAGGGGGAGCUGCAGACUAUGAUUGAAGACAAGCAACGACUGGAGGAAGAAUCUCAAGAACAGCUGAAACACCACAUCCAGGCACAACAGCACGCUGCGUCACUGCAAGAACUUGCCCGCGCAGAAGUUGCACGCAGAGACGCACAGGUGGCGGCUUUGCAGGAAGCCUUGUCUGCCCAGGAGAAGCAAAGUGCAGCCAGGAUGGCGCAGGCCUGCCAAGAGAUGGAGCUCAUGAAUCAGACGCUGGCAGCCAGAGAAGAGAGCGACGCCAAGGCUCGCCAAGAGAUUGACGAUCUAAAGCAGACGCUGGCAGCCAGAGAAGAGAGCGACGCCAAGGCUUGCCAAGAGAUUGACGAUCUAAAGCAGACGCUGGCAGCCAGAGAAGAGAGCGACGCCAAGGCUCGCCAAGAGAUUGACGAUCUACAGCAGACGCUGGCAGCCAGAGAAGAGAGCGACACCAAGGCUCGCCAAGAGAUUGACGAUCUGAAGCAGACGUUGGGAGCCAGAGAAGAGAGCGACGCGAAGGCUCGCCAAGAGAUUGACGAUCUAAAGCAGACGCUGGCAGCCGACGCCAAGGCUCGCCAAGAGAUGGAGCUAAUGAAUCAGACGCUGGCAGCCAGAGAAGAGAGCGACGCCAAGGCUCGCCAGGAGAUUGACGAUCUAAAGCAGAUGCUGGCAGCCAGAGAAGAGAGCCACGCCAAGGCCCUGCAUGAAAAGGACCAGCAGGCUGCUCAAGCGAUGGACGAGCUCAGGACAAAGGGCCAGGCCCUGCAUGAAAAGGACCAGCAGGUGGAAGCA